GGAAGCAACCAUUCCUCGUCUCCUCCCUCUCCUCUCCCCUCUCACCACACCAGGCAAAUUCCCCUCUCGGCCGCCGACGACGAAGAGGAGCUCGCAGCCGUCCGCCAAGGAAUAGGAGCUCGCUGUCGCAGCCGCCCACCGAGGACCUUGGAGCCGAAAGAGAUGCAGCAGGUGCAGGACCAAGAUCCGAUGAAAACCAAUCCGAGCCCGAAUGUGUACCGAAGGGCGACGGACUACAGGAUGGGUGUUGUGUUGGUGAUCACCGAACGAAACCGCCUGGGCACCGGCUUCGUCAUCCAAGAGGCAACCCAGUUGUCGCCGCCGGCGCCGGCGCUUGUCCUCACUUGUUAUCACACGGUGCAAGCGAGCAUUGACAAAGGCGUUGGCGUGUACGUGAGGAAGCCGUUGGCGGAAGGAGGGGUGCAAGAACUGCUGGCUAAGGUGGUCAAGUACGAUGCCGUCACCGACAUGGCUCUGCUCACGGUUCCACAACUGAGAGGCACGCCCGUACUGACCUUCACCCCACCGGGCGACGCUGGUGAUUGUGCAAUUGCAGUUGGGUACUGCAACCCGGUGGGUCUCUUCAAGAGAAACGCCCGUGUGAGGCUGCCAGGGCUGUCCCCUGGAAGCAUCAGGUGGAUAGUCCCCCACGGCGAUGCCGGUGCUGUCACCCACACGAAACUGUAUCUUACCUUCGUUGCGAUGCAUGGAAUGUCCGGGGCACCUGUGGUGAGCGGGGGUGGAGUGAUCGGCAUGCUCACCCACGUCACCACUGAUGGCACAAGACUAUCAAUAGCUGUGUCGUCAGGCACAGUAAUCCAAAUCCUUAGGGGGUGGGCUGAACUCCCUGUCAAUGGGCCUAGCACUGCGCAGGAGGUGCUGAACAGCUUGCGCAUCCGCUUGGCGCUUGAUGAUGCGCAAGCGUGAUUUCUACUCCGAUCCAUCCCUCCUACUCCGGAGGAGGAGGUGCUUAACUGCUGAUGAUGCGCGAGCUCGAUUUCUACUUCUAUCCAUCCCCUAUCCAAUGACUUGUUAUUACACUCCGGAGGAGGAGGCUCAACUGAACUGUUCGGCGAGUGAUGAUGGGCCCCAGCCCCUUCUUGUUAUUUGUACGGGUUUGAUGUCAAGGGUCUUGCCGAUUUUGGGAGGGGAUAUACCGAGGCAACAUGAACAUUUAUCAUCUAUUAUCUACGUUACUUUGUUCUUUUUAACCUUGGAUCCGUGAAGGAAUUGGAAUCUAUAGGCUAAUUAUCUUGGAAUGUGGUAUUCCACAACUUUCCAAAGUUUAGAUAUAAGGCUAUCUUAAAUUCAUGGGAUGGAAGAUGGAAAUCGAUU